CUCAUCUUGGCUCCUCUUGCUUAUGUGCUCGAAAGGUUCAAGGAGCAUGUCUCAUUAGAAUUGUUGAGAAUAAGAUAUAUGACUACAAAUUGAAUGUUUUUAAACUCAUCUCAUGGUUGUAGGAAUCGAAGACCCAGCUUCUCAUUUGGUGUCAUGCUAAAAAUAUUCAUUCUUGCUAUGUUGGGUAUAACAAUUCAGCAAAAUGUAUACUACGUUGGACUCCAUCUCAUUUCUCCAACUGUUGCCAGUGCCUUGGGCAAUGUCAUUCCUGCUUUUACUUUCUUAUUGGCAAUUGUACUGAGGAUGGAAAAGCUCAACUUGAAGACUGUAAGAGGGAGGGCCAAGCUUGCAGGGGCCAUCUUCUGCAUCACUGGUGCCCUGAUCUUCACAUUUUGGAAAGGUCAUUUUGUUGGGGGCCUUUGUUACUUCACCUAUGAUCCAACUUCAUUUCGAAAGUCCUGAGAAAGGCGAUGCCUGGCUUAAAGGCUCUGCUCUUAUGC